AAUCAAUUUAAAAACUCAAAACAAACUAUACUCAAAUUGAUUGUUAUCUCGGCAAACUUGUAAGACGGAAAUCAUGGCAAGUGGCAUACAUGCAUGGAAAUAGUGCUCAUGAUAUCUUCUUUCCUGAUUUCUCCGUUAAACGAACAAGGCCUCAGAUUAAAGAUGGAACAAGCACCACAGAGUAUUUUUUUUUUCAGAUAUGCAAUUGUGACGGGAGCAAACAAAGGAAUUGGAAUAGAAAUAGUAAGGCAAUUAGCUUCAAAUGGAGUGAAGGUUGUGUUGACUUCAAGAGAUGAGAAGAGAGGCCUUCAUGCUUUGGAAACUCUCAAAGAUCUCUCUCAUCUUGUGCUCUUUCACCACCUUGAUGUUGCUCAUCCUGCUAGUGUGGAUUCUCUUGCAAAUUUCAUCAAAUCCGAAUUUGGAAAACUCCACAUUUCGAUCAACAAUGCAGGGAUUGGUGGACUUGUGAUUAAGGACAAUGAUUUGGUCCCUCAAGUGUUAUUCAAAAGCAGGCGUGUAUUAAAUGAAUGGGCUAAAGGAAUCUUGGGCGAUGCUGAAAACCUUACAGGAGAGAGAGUUGAUGAAGUGUUGAAUGAAUUUCUGAAAGAUAUCAAAGAAGGGUGUUUAGAAAGAAAAGGAUGGCCUAAGGUUCUUGGUGCCUAUAUUAUCUCAAAAGCUGCUAUGAAUGCAUAUACAAGAAUUGUUGCAAAAAAGUACCCUACUAUAUGCAUCAAUAGUGUGUCUCCCGGUUAUGUUAAAACCGAUAUAACUGCCAAUAUUCGACUUUUAACGGCAGAAGAAGGUGCUGCUACUGCUGUCAAAUUAGCAUUGCUUUCAAAUGCCUCUUCUGGCCUUUUCUAUUUUCAGAGUGAUGUUUCUUCAUUCUAA